AUGGUAAGCAUAGUGGCCAGCGAAAGCGAUAAUACGAAGGGAGAAGAGAAUAUAGAGAAGAAAGGCUCAGGUGAUAUGGAGCAAGAGGGAAUGAAUGGAAAAAGUAAGGUUAGUGGAAUAGAAUACCCAAGCAAACAGAAGCGGUCGAAGACAUUUACUGGAUGCUUUACAUGUCGGUCGAGAAAGAUCAGAUGUGACCUAACGAAGCCACAUUGUCGAAAUUGUUCGAAAACAGGCCUUACUUGUGCUGGAUAUGAUAUAAAAUUGCGAUGGUCACAGCCAUUGCAGUUCUCUAAUAAGACCGGGAACUCGAUAUCAUCACUGGUAGUGUUUAACAGGAAGAAGGAAGGAGACGAUGAGAGUGCCAAUCCCGAGUUUUUCCAAAGACGUUCGGUUGGGUUUGUCAAAUGGGAUAAACCGUACGAAACGUAUGAUGAGAUGGACAGGGUUUUGGGGAUCUUGCAUAAUUCAGGUAAUGAUAAUAUGGUGAAUGCGGAAAAUAAAACCAAAUUGCUAGGUCCAUUUGGUGUAUUCAAAAGCUCUAAAAAGAGGGCUGGUACCGAAGACCUGAAAUCGUCUAAGAGGAAGAAUGCGGGGCCUAAUUAUGUGAAUGCGUAUGCUGCAUCAACAAACUCGAAACAAACAGAUGUAGAAAAAUCUGGAUUCACUCCUAUAGCUACUGGCAAUGAUUCCGCUCCCCAUGAUCAAUUGUGGUUGUCAAACGAAUUGAGAGACGAUGCAUUGUUGACAGCUGCUGCUUUAAACGGAGAUUCACAGUUCUUGGAUUUUAUGAAUAAUCUUUCUCCAACAAAUAACCAAAUGAUGAAUGCGGGUGCCAACACAAAUCCAAGAACCAGCCCUAAUAUUAGUAACUACAACUUCAGCGGAAAUCAGAAUGAUUUUUUAAAUUUAGUGUUUCACAGACAUAAUAAUGUUUUCGGGAAUAAUUACGCCAACAGUAAUGCAAAUUCCAAUACAAAUACCCCAGUGCCAGUAUCUGCUAGCCAGUCCAGCACAAAUAUGGCUAUGUCAAACUUAUUAAAUGAUAAUGAUGGUUCUAAGACAAUAGAUCCAAGCAAUCAGCAUUUAUACUAUUCUAAUUAUAACACUUAUUACUACAAUAAUCCGUAUCAAAUGAAUGAGAACUUAGAAAUUCAACUACAUGCAUCGAAAGUACCCAACAAUACAGAAGAGGAGAGUACUGAUAUUAUAGAAGGCGAUAAUACAAACACCACUCAAAUGCCUGCAUCUAUUAUGUGCAUCGUCCAGAGCCCAUUGCAACCAAAACUAGGCUUCGAUUUAUCCAUUCCUUCAAUAAAUAAUUCAACAACCAUGGGACUACCAACAACGGCUUUACAAGUUCAACCAUUAACAAGAUACUUAUUGAACUACUAUAAUACACAAGUAGCAGAUUUAAUGACGGUCAUUCCAUUGACAGAAAAUCCAUGGAAAACCGUUUACUUCCCUAGAGCAUUAAUGGCAAUAGGUGAGUUGCUGGCAUUAGGAAAGACUUCAAAUGCUAAGAAUGCAUUGCUAAACGCAUUACUUGCAGUACUGGCAUUUAACUUACAAUCGAAAUUCCCAAAGAAUUCUGACCCAAUGAAAUACUAUUUAAAUUUGGGUAUUCGGUUGAGGAAUCAAGCAAGUUUAUUUGUAAAAAGCUUAUUAGGCUCGAAUAUUGAUUCAAAGUCAGGGAUUGAGAGUUGUGUUUUAAACGAAAAAUAUAAGGAUGUGUUAUGUGCUGUUAUGUCCAUGAUUAGUGUUGAUUUAGUUUGGGGUACAAUGCAAGAUACAAAUUUGUAUAUCAGGUGGUGUGGUAAAGUUAUAGCUGCAAAGAUGGUUAAUAAGAAGAAGUUAUCCUCAAGAGCAAGAAUCUUACACAGAAUUUUUCUGUCAUUGAAGUUGAUUCAGGAUCUGACAUGUUUGGAUUUAGAUAAUAUUAAGGACGAUUAUGAAACAAUCAAUGAAAGUGGUUAUGAUGUCAACGGGGACAAGUUUUUUAGCACUUUACGUCAGAACACGAAGUCAUCUGGUAAGGGUAAAAUUGAAUUCAUUAUAAACAACAUUGAACACAGCAACAUCACAGGAAACAAUCAAAUGAAAAACACUUCACCAUUGUUUGUUAACAAGAAAUUAAUCAAUACAAAAAAGAAUGACGAAAAUUUUGCAACUGAUGCAUUAUAUGGUUUGCCGAACUCGUUGAUUUUACUAUUUAGCGAAACCGUUCAAUUAUUGAGAACCAAGAUAUACCACCAGGAAAUAUAUCAAGACUUACCUAUCAAUUUCCAGCAGGCUGUGAAUAACCUAGAAGAGAAAUUGCUCAAUUGGAGAUUAGAUUGGAAAUUAUUUGAGACUGAAAAUAAGGAGGAGGGUGAUGGAAAGUCUGAGUCCAAACAAGAUCAAUCCGAUGACGAAUCCACACGCAAACAGGACGAAGUGGACAAAAGGUUCACAUCUCCAAUGCAUGAAGCUACCUACCAUCACAUUUUAUCAUUCUACUACGCGUUGACAAUCUAUUUUAAUAGAUUAAUCAAUGCAGUCCCUCCGGAACAAGUACAGACAAAAGUUGAAAAAACAUUGGAGCAUCUAAACGCAAUUCAGGCGCUCAUCGCAAAGGAUGAGGCUGCAAUUAUUCCAUUAUUCUGGCAGGGAUUCAUUGCCGGAUGUGAAGCCACUUCAAAUGACUUGCAAAUGGGAUUUAAAAAAUGGGGGGCCGAUAUCGCCCAAUAUUUAGGUAGUUAUUGGGGCGCACGGCAAAUUAUGCUCGAGGUUUGGCGUCGUAAGCGAAUGAACGAACCGAGAGACGACUGGGUUAGCGUAAUUAGAGACUGGGAAAUGAACCUUAUGUUGAAUUAA